ACGGGAGCGGGGCGGCCUCCCGCCCAGGAUGGGCCAUCCCCCCCAGAUGGACGCGGACGGGGACACGUGGCCACCACCAUCGCCAUCCCGCACACAACGCGGAGACGGCGUGGAGCAGGAAGGGCCGCGUGCAGUGGAGUCUGAAGCGACCGAGGCCGAGCGCGACGCACAGAACUUGCACGGUCACGUUCCCCCCGUCGCCAGUGGUUUGACCAGCGCCGACUUGGAUCACGUGCCCUGCGCAGCCGAUCCACGGGAGGCGACCAGGUUGGAGUUCGACGUGUCGAUGGACAGGAGUCUCGGGAAGAUGCUUGGCGUGGACGUGGGUCACUUGGACGGUAGCGUGCUGCUCGUCAAGAAGGUGACGGGCGGCCUCUGCCAGGAGUGGAACGACGACCACCCUGACCUGGCCGUGAGAGCUGGAGACCGGAUCGUCGAUGUAAACGGCGUCCACGGUAAUGUCUUGAAUAUGGUGGAAGAGUGUGCGAAGCACAGAGUGUUGACGAUGAGAAUGCAGCGGGAUCCGUGA